UCUCUUUGUUAACAUUAAUAUGGAAAUGAGCCACCAUUCAUACAAUAACUUCACAAAAAACAUGAUUGUUGAAGAUAGCAAGAAAGAGCAACAUGUUGUACAAGAUGAUAAUAGCCAUGAGAGUAGCAAUUCAGCUACUUCCAUAGAUGAUCUUAGUUUCCGGAACUUGUCCAAGCUCAUUCUCCCUCCUCUUGGUUCCAAUGGUUCCAACACAAAUCAAACUCACGAGAAAGGAUUUAUCAUCACUCCUAUGGAUUCAAGAUACAGGUGUUGGGAGAGUUUAAUGGUAAUAAUGGUGGCAUAUUCUGCAUGGGUAUGUCCAUUUGAGAUAGCAUUCAUGCACUCAAAUCCAAACACAACUCUAUACAUAACAGACAACGUUGUUGAUAUCUUCUUUGCUGCUGAUAUCUUCUUAACUUUCUUUGUUGCCUAUAUUGAUGCUACAACUCAACUCCUUGUACGUGACAGGAGAAAAAUUGCUAUAAGAUACUUAUCAACAUGGUUUAUAAUGGAUGUGGCAUCAACCAUACCAUUCGAUCUUUUAGCAUUGUUGCUCACUGGAAAACACCAAGUUGGUGUUUCUUACUCUGUUUUAGGAAUGCUCAGAUUUUGGCGUCUUCGCCGGGUCAAACAAUUUUUUACCAGACUUGAAAAGGAUAUGAGAUUCAGCUACUUUUGGGUCAGAUGUGCCAGACUUCUAUUUGUAACACUAUUAACAGUGCACUGUGCUGGAUGCCUAUACUAUUUGCUAGCUGAUAGAUAUCCACACCAAGGAGAUACAUGGUUAGGAAAUAUGAAUCCAAAUUACAAGGAGACAAGUCUUGUGAUUAGGUACAUUGCAGCUUUGUAUUGGUCCAUUACCACCAUGACUACUGUUGGUUAUGGUGACCUUCAUGCUGUCAACACUUUGGAAAUGGUCUUCAUUAUUUUCUACAUGCUCUUCAAUCUUGGCCUCACUGCUUAUAUAAUUGGUAAUAUGACCAAUUUAGUUGUUGAAGGAACUCGUCGCACCAUGGAAUUCAGAAAUAGCAUUGAAGCAGCAUCGAAUUUCGUUUGUCGAAAUCACUUGCCUCCAAGAUUAAAGGACCAAAUAUUGGCUUAUAUGUGUUUAAGAUUCAGGGCUGAGAGUCUAAACCAGCAGGAAUUGAUUGAACAACUUCCCAAGACAAUCUGCAAAAGCAUCAGGCACCAUUUGUUUUUACCAACAGUGGAGAAAGUUUAUCUUUUCAAAGGUGUCACAAGGGAAAUUCUGUUACUUUUGGUUGCAGAUAUGAAAGCUGAGUACAUACCUCCAAGAGAGGAUGUAAUAAUGCAGAACGAAUCGCCAGACGAGUUGUACAUAAUAGUGUCAGGGGAGGUGGAAAUGAUUGAAUCUGAAAUGGAGAAUGAGCCAACUGUUUGGACUUUCAAAUCUGGAGAUAUGAUAGGAGAAGUAGGAGCAUUUUGUUGUAGGCCUCAGAGCUACACGUAUCGAACCAAAACACUUUCACAGCUCUUGAAGAUAAGAACUAGUAAUUUGAUUGAAGCAAUGAAAACCAGACAAGAAGAUAAUAUCAUUAUGAUCAAGAACUUCCUUCAGCAUCACAAGAAGCUCAAAGGCUUAAGGCUUGGAGAUUUACUUCAUGGAGUGGGGGGAGAUUAUGGUGAUCCGAACAUGUAUGUUAACUUGCUAACUGUUGCUAGUACAGGUAAUGCUACUUUCCUUGAAGAACUUCUCAAGGCUAAAUUAGAUCCUGAUAUCGGAGACGCCCAAGGAAGAACCCCACUGCACAUUGCAGCAUCGAAAGGGCACGAAGAGUGUGUCAUGGUGCUUCUUAGACAUGGAUGUAACAUAAACCUCCGAGCAGAUGUAAAUGGUCACACCGCGUUGUGGGAAGCUAUAGCAGCAAAACACCAUUCAACAUUUCAUGUGUUGUACCAUUGGGCUUCUGUCUCAGAUCCCUACAUAGCUGGUGACCUCUUAUGCACAGCAGCUAGAAAAAAUGACUUAACAGUGAUGAAAGAACUCCUAAAACAUGGAUUACAAGUUGACUCAAAGGACCGCGAUGGAUCAACUGCUAUUCAUGUUGCAUUGGAAGAAAAUCUUGAAGACAUGGUAAAGCUACUUCUAAUGAAUGGAGCUGAGAUAAACGAUAAGUUAAAGUACAAGCUUUCUUCGAUGAACCUAAGUGACAUGCUACAAAAGCGCGAAGUAGGACACAGAGUUAUGGUCUCCGACACAAUGGAUGAAGUUGCUCAAAAAUGGCGCGAACAAGAGAAGCAGCACAACACGGAAAGUACUAGGGAUCAGUCUUCUUUUAGAGUUAGCAUAUACAGAGGCCAUCCUGUUAUCAGGAGAAGAACUCAUUGCAGUGAACCUGGUAAAUUAAUUAAGCUUCCAAAUUCACUUGCAGUGCUCAAGAUCAUUGCAGGUCAGAAAUUUGGAUUUGAUGCAACAAAUGCAUCGGUUACGGAUCAAGAAGGAUCAGAAAUUGACUCAAUUGAAGUGAUAAGAGAUAAUGACAAGCUGUUUAUAGUUGAAGGUCCAAACUGCUUGUAGCAAUACCUAUUAGUGACGCUUAAAAGUUUCUGUUCAGAUGCAUAUAUCACUAAAGAACUCAGAAGAAAAAUGUAUAGUGGACAUACAGUCCUUUCCUAUUUGUGUUGCAUAUAGAACACUUAUUGCUGUGAUGUAUACUCAAACUUUUGCCUGA